AACUGCAGGAACAAUAGAGGCCCUGGAACUUGCUGGUUGUUUUCAGGCUUCACAAAUCCCUGUGUCAAUCUUCACUUCCAGAGUUUAAGCUGCUUCAGCAACAUAAGCAGUGAUGGGAUAAGAGUUCUCUCAUGGAUUGGUAGCUGGUUAAAAGAUAGGAAACAAAAGGUAAAACAUUUUUUCAUAAGAGACCCCACAUUUGAGUUGAGAACAUUAUCAUUAUUUCUGCAAGUUCAGAACUUUAAGUGAGCUACAGGAAAAAAUGAAGAGUAGAGUGGCACAGAUAAAUCAUGGCUCCAGUUAUGAAAGAAAAGAGAGCCACAGCUCUCGCCGGAGGAGUUCCUCUCCAGAAGACAGUAGGUAUGCAGAGCGUGAGAGGUCUUGGUCCCCUAGAGACAGAAGCUACUCUGAUCACAGCAAAUAUGAUCAAGAAUAUUCAGGAAAGGGACGUGAUGACAAAACUGUGGAAGCCAGGGGGUGGGGGAGAGAGACUCCCCAAGAGAAGGGGCGAGAGAAGGAAUCUGAUAGAAGGAAACAAAAAAAAUUCCCUUCACCUGAUAGAAAAAGUCCAGAAAGAUCAGUACCCCAGAGCUCACUGGCUCAUGAUGAACCCCCUUCAAAGAAGAGAAAAGAAGAGCUGGAUCCAAUUCUCACCCGCACAGGCGGCGCAUACAUUCCUCCAGCAAAGCUCAGGAUGAUGCAGGAACAAAUUACUGAUAAAAAUAGCUUAGCAUAUCAAAGGAUGAGUUGGGAAGCCCUGAAGAAGUCAAUCAACGGUCUUGUCAAUAAGGUGAAUGUUUCUAAUAUAGAAAAUAUCAUCCAUGAACUUCUUCAAGAAAAUAUUGUCAGAGGAAGGGGACUGCUGUCUAGAUCAAUUUUGCAAGCACAAAGUGCCUCUCCAAUCUUUACACACGUUUAUGCAGCAGUUGUAGCAAUUAUCAAUUCAAAGUUUCCAAAUAUUGGAGAACUGAUUCUCAAGAGGCUAAUUCUAAAUUUUCGCAAAGGAUAUCGCAGAAAUGAUAAGCAACUUUGUCUGACAGCUUCAAAGUUUGUUGCACAUCUAAUCAAUCAGAAUGUGGCUCAUGAGGUUUUAUGUUUGGAGAUGCUCACGUUGCUUCUUGAAAGACCAACAGAUGACAGUAUUGAAGUAGCAAUUGGAUUUUUGAAGGAAUGUGGACUCAAAUUAACUGAAGUUUCUCCUAGAGGUAUUAAUGCAAUCUUUGACCGCCUUCGCCACGUUCUUCACGAAUCUAAAAUUGACAUGCGCGUUCAGUACAUGAUAGAAGUUAUGUUUGCUGUACGUAAGGAUGGAUUCAAGGAUCACCCAAUCAUUCCAGAGGGACUAGAUCUAGUAGAAGAAGAGGAUCAGUUUACUCAUAUGCUACCUUUAGAAGAUGAUUAUAACCCAGAAGAUGUUCUUAAUGUUUUCAAGAUGGAUCCUGACUUCAUGGAAAAUGAAGAGAAGUACAAAACCCUUAAGAAGGAAAUUCUCGAUGAAGGCGAUAGUGACUCAGAAACAGAUCAAGAUGCUGGAAGCAGUGAAGAGGAUGAAGAAGAGGAUGAAGAGGAUGAAGAAGGACAAAAGGUGACGAUCCAUGACCAAACCGAAAUUAACCUGGUCUCCUUUCGUCGUACAAUUUAUCUUGCUAUUCAGUCAAGCUUAGACUUUGAAGAAUGUGCUCACAAAUUGCUGAAGAUGGACUUUCCUGACAGUCAAACUAAAGAACUCUGCAACAUGAUCCUUGACUGCUGUGCUCAACAAAGAACAUAUGAGAAAUUCUUUGGUUUACUGGCAGGGCGUUUCUGCAUGUUAAAAAAAGAAUACAUGGAAUCCUUUGAAGCUAUUUUCAAAGAACAAUAUGAUACUAUCCACCGUUUGGAAACAAACAAAUUGAGAAAUGUAGCCAAGAUGUUUGCUCAUCUUCUGUACACAGAUUCACUUCCCUGGAGUGUCCUUGAAUGUAUAAUAUUGAGUGAAGAAACUACUACAUCGUCCAGUAGAAUUUUUGUUAAAAUAUUCUUCCAGGAACUUAGUGAAUAUAUGGGACUUCCUAAUCUUAAUGCAAGAUUAAAGGAUGAAACACUGCAACCUUUUUUUGAAGGAUUAUUGCCUCGGGACAACCCAAGAAACACUCGAUUUGCCAUCAAUUUUUUCACUUCCAUUGGUCUUGGAGGACUAACGGAUGAAUUACGGGAACAUCUGAAAAAUGCACCAAAGAUGAUCAUGACACAGAAACAAGAUGUUGAGUCAUCAGAUAGCUCAUCAUCUUCCUCCGAGUCUGACUCCUCAGAUUCCAAUUCUGACAGCAGUAACAGUAGCUCGGGAUCAUCUAGUGGCAGUGACUCCUCUUCUAGCAGUGACUCAGAUGCUGCUAAAGUAAAAAGGAAGAAGAUGCAAAAGAAAAACAAAGCACUGGAUAAAGUUGCCAGGAAAAAACAAGGGAGUAAAAAGAAACUACUUGAAAAGAAAAUAGAAAGGAGACAGCAGGAAGAUAGAUAUGAUAUUGAUAGAAAUUCAGAAAGAAAUGCUGACAGAAAUUUGAGAGACUCAAAUAGGAGAGAUGAUCUAUCUAAAUAUCCCUAUGACAGAGAUGAUGCCGCUGACAGGAACAGUUACCGGAGUGAAAAGGACAGGUAUCAUGAAAGAAAUAUGGAUUUAGAAAAUAAACACGGUAAUUCCAAAAAGAAGAAAGCAGAGAGAACUUCUUCUUUUUCUGAUAAUGAAAAGGACAAACACUGCACUAAAGACAGUGUACAUCACAAUAGGAGAAAAGAGAGGUCAAAAUCUAGAGAAAGAAACCGUAAUAAUUCAAGUCCCAGAGAGGAAGAGGAGCAGAAUCGAUAUCGGAAUGGUGCAGAGAAAUGCCCAGAGAAGUAUAGCCGAUAUUCUGACCAAUGUAGAGAAUCCAGGAAAAAUGAGGACAGACGAAGGGAGAAUUCUCCACGUAGGCGAAAAUAACACUAUGCCACUGAGUUUGAAAUAAAUGCUUUUCUGUGCAGCUAAAACUGUGUAUUUUUAACUCUAUUACUGAACUUUCUUUUAAAAAAGGAGCUUUUGUACAAAGUGCAAGUUUGUAUUUGUAAGGUUCAUUGGCUUUCUUAAGGUUUUCAGUAUUGAAUCUUUUAUAAUCACUGUAUGUGAAGAACCCUUCUGUUAAAUUUCUUCCUUGGAAGAGCAUUUACAUUUGAGAGAGAGAAAAAAACAGAAGCUUGCUUAUAUUUUGUGAAUAAAAUAGUUAAGAUCUCA